GAGAAGGCUAAAGAAAUUCUUACAAAAGAAUCAAAUGUGCAAGAGGUACGUUGCCCCGUCACCGUCUGUGGGGAUGUCCACGGUCAAUUCCACGACCUUAUGGAACUCUUUAGAAUUGGUGGGAAAUCGCCAGACACAAAUUACCUGUUCAUGGGGGACUAUGUGGACAGAGGCUAUUACUCGGUGGAAACGGUGACUCUUCUAGUAGCGCUGAAGGUGCGUUACCCGGAACGCAUUACAAUACUGAGGGGCAAUCACGAAAGCAGACAAAUUACACAAGUGUAUGGCUUUUACGACGAGUGUCUGCGAAAGUAUGGCAACGCCAAUGUCUGGAAGUAUUUCACAGAUCUGUUUGAUUAUCUUCCGCUUACAGCUCUAGUAGAUGGCCAGAUAUUCUGUCUCCACGGUGGCCUCUCUCCGUCCAUAGAUACGCUGGAUCAUAUCAGGGCUCUGGACCGCCUGCAGGAAGUUCCACACGAGGGCCCUAUGUGUGAUCUGUUGUGGUCGGAUCCGGAUGAUCGUGGUGGCUGGGGUAUAUCUCCACGUGGUGCUGGCUACACCUUUGGGCAAGACAUUUCCGAAACAUUUAACCACGCCAAUGGUCUCACCCUGGUCUCCCGUGCCCACCAGCUUGUCAUGGAGGGUUAUAACUGGUGCCACGACCGAAAUGUGGUUACCAUUUUCAGCGCGCCCAAUUACUGCUACCGUUGUGGGAACCAGGCUGCUAUCAUGGAACUAGACGACACUUUACAAUAUUCCUUCCUCCAGUUUGACCCAGCGCCGCGUCGCGGAGAGCCUCAUGUUACCCGUCGCACCCCAGACUAUUUCCUAUAAACCUCUGCUGGCCGUCGCAGCAGGAAGGCCGGGUGUACCUUUACGGAGCGACAACAUGUACACGUCUCUGCAAGGAAUCGGGGUUCGUCUCGACCGAAACAUCCCCCUCAUGGACCAAACCGUGCCAUACAGAGGACGAAGAGCGUUGAGCACAACUUGAGACUGAAUUCCUGACAAC